GCCCUUCCUCAAAUUCAAAGAGCCGGUGUCCUAGCAAAACGUGAGGUGCUGUUUUUCUUUUACAAUUUGGCUUACUGUUUACAAGUAAUUGACUAUAUCAAUAGUCAUAUUGUAUCAUUGGGCUACUCGAUAUUUCAACUCACUGGAUACGAAGGCGUUUACGUUUAAGGACCAAAUAACGAGUUUUCGCAAGAUCCGGAUGAGACGAGGAUUGGUGCCGCAUUUUUUUCCUACAGCAACGUGGGUCACGCGCCAGAUAUAGUUGAACUGGAUCCCAGAUCGGAAUAUUUGUAGAAUAAAUCGUCAAUUUCGUGGGAUUACAAGAAUGCUGCUGUCUAAAUUAAACUCAUUCACUCACAUCUCCACCGUUGAUAUGCCGGCGAAAAUCCAGCUUCAAGUUCACCAAGGGAAAGAGAGGGAGCCUUUCGAGAAGCUUUACCAGGUUGGCUCUGUGCUGGGAAGUGGCGGUUUUGGAACGGUGUAUUCUGGCACAAGAAUUUCAGAUGGAGCAUUGGUUGCUGUCAAACAUGUGGCUAAGGAUCGGGUCUCGGAGUGGGGAGAGCUGCCAAAUGGCUCUCGUGUCCCCAUGGAGAUUCUACUCAUGAAGAAAGUUGGGAAUGGAGCUCGGGGCGUGAUAAAGAUGCUGGACUGGUACGAGCGUCUUGACAGCUUUAUUAUUGUCAUGGAACGGCCGGAGAAGGUCAAGGACCUUUUUGAUUUCAUCACUGAGAAAGGUGCUUUACCAGAGGAGCUGGCAAAGAACUUUUUCUGUCAGGUUCUUGAAGCUGUUCGACACUGCCACAACUGUGGGGUUGUACACAGGGACAUCAAAGAUGAAAACAUCCUCAUUGAUCUUCAGACGGGCGAAAUGAAGCUUAUUGACUUCGGAUCCGGGGCAUUGCUCAAAGACACUGUUUACACCGACUUCGAUGGCACUAGAGUGUACAGUCCACCUGAAUGGAUCAAAUACCAUCGGUACCAUGGGCGGUCAGCAACUGUUUGGUCUUUGGGUGUCCUGCUGUAUGACAUGGUGUGUGGAGAUAUCCCCUUCGAGCAGGACGAGGAGAUUGUACAAGGCCAGGUGCUCUUCAGACGAAGAAUCUCCACAGAGUGCCAGCAGUUGAUAAAGUUGUGCCUGUCCCUGAGGCCUGCUGAGAGGCCAUCGUUUGAGGACAUCAUCAAUCACCCAUGGAUGCAGAGCACAGUGUCCUCAGCAGAGCAGAGCACAGAGAUCAGACUGCACAGUAUCAGUCACGAGCCUACUGCGUUCACCACCGUGGUGGCCCAAUGACUGUAUCACUGCACUGACCGAGACUAGUAGAACAGAGAUCAGACUGCACAGCAUCAGUCACGAGCCUACUGCGUUCACCACCGUGGUGGCCCAAUGACUGUAUCACUGCACUGACCGAGACUAGUAGAACAGAGGACUGACGUGGCUGUACACCAAAGACUAUAUGGACUAUACAGAAGGAAGUUACAUUUUAUUUAAAUAUCUCUUUCUCUUGUGGCCAGACUCCCACCUGUUCACUCUUCUUUUGGACUUCAUGAAAACGUAACAUCUUUAAUGGCUACUUAAUUGGACACUGUAAUAUCAAAAGCUAUUCUCACCCCUACGAAGGACUUGCUCUGUAAUAUUGGCUGUGGUGUGAGAGUAUGUACACCAGAAAGGACGAAGUCCAUCCCUAUUCAUGUGAUUUGUUCUGCUGAAGGCAUGAACAAGUGGACCGUCUUUGUUACAUAACUAGCUAGCUACCAACCAGCCAUUGUACUCUGCCCUGCCUCACUGAUGAGUGGGUGUCACAGGAAGCAAAGAGGAGCAAAUCGAAGUGCCUUUGGUGUGUCAGAUUGUUGGGGACCCUGGAAAUACUUGAAUUUCAUGAAGCCAACAUGUCACUUUUCUUCUUUUUUUACUUUACAAUGUUUUAUUUCCUGCUUUUGUCUUAUAGGACUAGAUCAGUAAAUCCUUUGCCAUUUUCCAAUACCGACAGCAGCCAGAGAACCUCCUAUAGUACACACAAACCUGUGCAAACAAAAACCGGAAGACUUACCUCACUCUCCUGCAUCCACCUCGGAGCUUUUAACGCCUGUCUACACACAACUACCACUCACCCAGAUGUGAAUGCACACAGUAAUGCAAAGCGCCACACUAAAAUACUAAAGGCUUUUUUUGUUAGAGUAAACAUGUCUCUUUCACCUCAUAGGCUAGGAAUAAGGCUAUUGUGAAUAAUAUUUGUGACUUUUCUCACUCGAGCUGUGUGGAAUUAUUUAUUUAUUUAUAGAGAAUUUCGGCUGUAUAUUUCAUUCCACAGUUGUUUAGGGGCCCACAAAUUAUUUAAAUGUAUUUUGACCAUAUUUAUGGCUUAAUCUUGUGUGUGUGUGUGUGUGUGUGUGUGUGUGUGUGUGUGUGUGUGUGUGUGUGUGUGUGUGUAAGUAAAUAACCUUCAAAGCACUUCCAUUUUAAUGUAUGUUGAAAGUCUACUGAUGGUAACUGUUAGUUAUUUGUCUGCUGUUGAUUUGGAUGAAUUGACAAUGUUCUGAGUAAGCAAGUAUGUGUCAUACAUCAACAUUGUUUUCACCUCUUGUUGCAUGAUUGCAGCUUAGUUUGUUUUGUUUUCAUCCAAAUUAGAAUUGUAAAUUAUAUGAACUAUUUUUAUACGAUUUCAAUAAAUAUUUUUUUAACCUUGA